UGACAAGUAAUGCUGCAGCAUACAAAAACAGUACAAAAAGGAAAAGAAAGUUAACAUUUUUCUUUUUUUUUUUCUUUCUUUUGUGCUGCUUGGCCUUUUCUCUUUGGAUUGGAUAAAUAUAUAGAUAUAUAUAUACAUAAAAGAAAUAUAUAUAUAUCUAUAUAUAUUGAUUUUAUAGAGAAAGAAAGAAAGGAAUAGAGUCUAUGUGGUCUGUUUCCUCGUGAUCUGUGCAUAGUCUCCGUGAAAUCCCAGAUUGCCUUAUUGUUUGUUUCAUCCCCACUGAUUUGUAGUAGCAAGAAUAAGUCACAUUCUUAUUGGGUUUUGUAGAGAGAGAAAGGAAGAAACAAAUAGGGGUUAUAGAGAGGGAAAGAGAAGAGCUUUGUUACAAUUUCCUGUGAUUUUGAAAGCGAAGGGGGUUUCUUGGAUUAUUAUCCUUAAUGAUGUGUUUGUUUUCCUGCUGAUUCUGUCUCCAUCUGCAGAUUCUCAGCUUAAUUAUAGCUCUUCCAAGCAAGAUGUUCAGGGUUCUUAAGCUGGCGAAACAUAGGGCUUUUCAUCUAAUGGGGAAUAAUUUGUGACCAGAAUGGAUCCUCAGGCUUUUAUCAGGUUGUCAAUAGGAUCCCUUGGGCUGAGGAUUCCUGGAACAGCUCUAAAUUCUGCAAAAUCAGGAAUUCACACAUUCUCUUCUCCAUGCUUAUGUGAGAUACGGCUUCGAGGUUUCCCUGUGCAAACAACAUCAGUACCUUUACUAUCCUCAUCUGAAGUGACGCCUGAUAUUCACAGCAUCGCCUCAAGCUUUUAUCUUGAAGAAUCAGAUCUGAAAGCAUUAUUGGAGCCUGGCUGUUUCUAUACUCAUCAUGCUUGUCUUGAGAUUGUUGUUUUCACAGGGAGGAAGGGUUCCCAUUGUGGUGUUGGCAUCAAAAGACAGCAGAUAGGAACAUUUAAGCUGGAAGUUGGUCCUGAAUGGGGCGAAGGGAAGCCAGCAAUUCUUUUUAAUGGAUGGAUUCGUAUUGGCAAAAAAAAGCAAGAGAGCAGGAAACCAGGAGCUGAGCUACAUUUGAGAGUAAAACUGGAUCCUGACCCAAGAUAUGUUUUUCAGUUUGAAGACGUGACCACAUCUAGCCCUCAGAUAGUUCAGCUUCAGGGCUCCAUUAGGCAGCCCAUCUUCAGUUGCAAGUUUAGUCGAGACAGGGUAUCCCAGGUGGAUCCAUUGAGCAACUAUUGGUCAACUGCAGUGGAGGGUAUGGACCUGGAAACAGAACGAAGAGAACGAAAGGGAUGGAAGGUGAAGAUACACGAUCUCUCUGGCUCGGCUGUUGCAGCAGCCUUCAUAACAACUCCCUUUGUGCCAUCAACAGGUUGUGAUUGGGUUGCCAAGUCCAACCCAGGAGCUUGGUUGAUUGUUCGCCCUGAUGUUUGCAGGCCUGAGAGUUGGCAGCCAUGGGGAAAGCUUGAGGCAUGGCGUGAGCGUGGCAUCAGAGAUUCCAUUUGCUGCAGAUUUCACCUUCUGUCAGAAAGCCAAGAGGGGGGUGAGGUUCUCAUGUCGGAAAUCUUCAUGAGUGCUGAAAAGGGUGGGGAGUUUUUCAUCGACACUGACAGGCAAAUGCGAACAGCAGCAACCCCAAUACCAAGUCCACAAAGUAGUGGAGACUUUUCAGGAUUGGGUCCAACCGGUGGUUUUGUCAUGAGCUGUAGAGUGCAAGGGGAAGGAAAGCAUAGCAAGCCAUUAGUUCAAUUAGCAAUGCGACAUGUAACGUGUGUGGAGGAUGCUGCAAUAUUUAUGGCACUUGCAGCAGCAGUUGAUCUUAGUAUUGUGGCAUGCAGACCAUUCCGUAGGAGGCUUAGAAGAGGGUCUCGCCAUUCUCUAUGAAAAGAAAGAAGAAAAUUAGGUUGAUAAAUUUCAUGAAAAAAAAUGGCUUGGCUUUACUUUUUAAUUGCUGUAACAUUAGCAUUUGUGUACAGGAUUCUCUUUGUUUUUACCCUUCUCUUUCAGAAAUUGCUAACUGGGUAAGGUAAGGUGUACGGUGUUAGUACUACAGCUCACACGACACCUAUGUUUACCCAGAUUUAAUUUAUAGCCUUCCUGUUUCUGAUUAUACUAGUUUCAUUUAUA